AUGUGGUCCACCUUCAAGGUGCCGGAUGAGGAGGGCAGACCGACCUGAGUGUCUGGCGGGACUGCCAUGGGCAGGCGGACCGAGUGACGGGUGCAUGUGGCUUCGCCUGCACCAGUCGCCCUGAGUGAAAACCAGGAGGGUAAGAUCAAGCUGGCGUUCCUUGUGGCCAUGGUAGGUAUUUCACUGACUGUGCUGGGAUUGGGCACGGAAUUCUGUCUGGAGCUCUCUCCACCCAAGGGCUUUUCUGACAGUCAGACGCGUGUAGCAGCACAUUAUGGCCUGUGGAAGUACUGCAGCAAGACGCUCUGGAUUGCUGGUGCAGAUCCCGAGUGGGAAAGCUGUGGGCCUCUUGACCUGCCUGGAGAAUCGAACUGCUCCUACUUCAAGUUCUACACUACUGGAGAAAACACAGUCAUGAUUCAAAAAAUACCAGACAAGAAUCUGACUACAGCAUCUGCCAUGCUGGCUAUCAGCAUUCUUUUUCUCAUGGUGAUGGGGGCCAUUUGUAUCAUCGUGGCUCUGAGUAAACCAGCACAGUUCUUCCUGAAGCAAGCAUCAGUGUGUUUCACAUUAUCAGGUGUCCUAAUCUUCCUGUCACUCAUCAUAUACCACCAAUCAGUUCUUUCGUUUUUGGAAAGUGACCACUCCAUACUGGUGCCAUGGUCAGUGAAAUGUAUGGGGUGUGCAGGGGCCGUUGUACUAGUUGCAGGUGUUUUAUUCCUCCUUCUAGCUCUUCCAUACAGCUCUUCCACACAGUCUCAGGCAAAAAGUGAAACAGUGAAUUGA